AUGCCUUACCUUUCUCUCACCCUCUCUUUCUUCCUCCUCCUCUCCACUUCACCGACCAUCUCCGCCUGCAUCUUCUGCUCCCAGCCGGCCCAUCCCCACCCCAUCCACCACCACCCCACUACAAAACCACCAACCACCAUCCCCCCGCCGGCCUCCGGCGGGGGAAUUCCGGCGAUCACUACGCCGCCGGCGGUGAAAUGCUCGCUCGACAUUUUGAAGCUAGGUCUAUGCCUCAAUGUAUUGGGAGGGUUAGUGCAGGUGGGAUUAGCGCCAGUGGAGAUCUAUUGCUGUCCGGUGAUUGAAGGGUUGUUGGAAUCGGAAGCGGCGGCUUGUCUGUGUGCUGCGAUAGAUUUAAAGGUGCUGAAUUUGAAUAUUUAUAUUCCUUUGGCUCUGCAAGUCCUCAUUGCUUGUGGGAAGGACCCUCCUCCGGGCUAUUUCUGCCCGCUUCUGUAUUAG